AGCAAAAAACAGGGUCAAGUCGGAAGUGAAAUCCGUCUGCCAUGGUAAAGGGGAACAUAAACAAAAACAUCGAUGCAACAUCAGUCACCGCGGUUGAAAAGGCGCAAGAGAGCGAGAUGGCAAAAUCCAAGAAAUAUAGCUCGAUGUAUUAUUCAAUUAUUGUCUUGCUAAUCACCAUUUGUCUUUCACCGCUGAAAGCUGAACUGCUUUCCUCUGGAAUAUUUCAAUCAAAACACCACCCAAACCUAAAAAUGGAUGAAGCAUUUUUGACAGUCAUCAAUGAACUGGAUACCGAUGUGGAGGUGUCCUGGGUGUCACAGUGGUGCUAUCAGUGUCUUUAUCAACAGCUUGGGGUGAUUCCUGCUGUCGUAAAUCCAGGUCAGCCAACCUCGGGAAAGUUCAUCGUAAACACACAGCAUGGAAUUACAUUCCAAGUCAACAGCACCUCUUUCAACCUGGACGUCUGCUCAGUUCCAUUCCAUUUUGGGGAGCAGGGCAACUACUCUCUAUGGGUCAAAAAUAUGAAUAACACUGCGGUCAACUGCUCCAUAGUGACUAACACAGUCCCAGUAAAUAGUUACAUACCCAUUUUGGUAGCAUUCCUUGUCUUUGCCGGACUAGGAUUAUUGUAUGUUUUGGGAAGAGCAAUAUUUGCACUUGAUUUAGUAAGGGGUAUCCUCUUCAGAAUCGGUGGCACCAUGGAGACAGAGAGGCUGAUCAACUCUGAGCUGGGCUCCCCUGGAAGGAUAGUGACGCCAAUGACCGACAACAUCCUUCCGCCCUCACCCAAUCCCGCCAAGAGGCUGCGAUCUCUAGACACAUUCAGAGGGAUCUCCUUGACUAUUAUGGUAUUUGUGAAUUAUGGAGGCGGCCGAUAUUGGUUCUUCAAACAUGAGAGCUGGAACGGCCUAACUGUUGCAGAUCUGGUCUUUCCUUGGUUCGUUUUUAUUAUGGGAACAUCCAUUGCACUUUCAAUCAAUUCCAUGCUGCGCUCAGGCUUCAGCCGCACGUCACUGCUGAAGAAAGUAAUGUGGAGGAGCCUACAGCUUUUCCUUAUUGGCGUCCUGGUUAUCAAUCCCAACUACUGCCAGGGCUUUUUGUCGUGGGACAACCUGCGGAUUCCGGGUGUGCUGCAGCGCCUGGCCUGGUCAUACUUUGUUGUAGCCUGCCUGGAUCUGUUGGUGGCAAGGGCUCAUCUUGAUGUCCUACCAACGGAUGGAUGGUGGUCCUCUUGCAUUGAUGUAUUGCUCUACUGGCCAGCCUGGAUCUUUGUACUCAUCCUAGAGAUCAUUUGGCUCUGCCUCACUUUACUGCUUCCUGUACCAGGCUGCCCAACUGGCUAUCUUGGUCCAGGUGGGAUUGGAGACAUGGGCAUGUAUGCAAAUUGUACUGGCGGAGCAGCUGGCUUUGUUGACCGCUGGCUUCUUGGAGAAAACCACAUCUACCAGACGCCCUCAACGAGGGUCAUUUAUGCAACUCACAUGCCGUAUGAUCCCGAGGGGGUUCUUGGCAGCAUCAACUCCAUCGUAAUUGCUUUUUUGGGGUUACAGGCAGGAAAGAUAAUCUUACACUACAGAGAUCUUCAUUCAAGUAUUAUAUCAAGACUUCUCAUUUGGGGUUUCUUUUUGGGUGUCAUAUCAGCUGUUCUCACCAAGUGUUCCACAAACCGGGGCUUCAUUCCUGUCAAUAAGAAUCUAUGGUCUCUGUCCUAUGUGACAACACUCGCCUGCUUUGCCUUUGUACUGCUUGUUCUGAUCUACUACACCGUCGAUGUGAAAAAGUGGUGGUCUGGAGCUCCAUUCUUUUACCCAGGCAUGAACUCCAUCCUUGUGUAUGUGGGGCAUGAGGUGUUUGAGGACUACUUCCCCUUCCGCUGGCGCAUGGUCAACACUCAGUCCCAUGUUGAGCACCUCACCCAGAAUCUGGUGGCAGUUUCUUGUUGGGUUCUCAUCUCCUACGUGCUAUACAGGAAAAAGAUAUUCUGGAAAAUCUAAGAGGUUUGGUGGAUUCUUCUAAAAUGCUCAGAAAAUGGAAGUUAAGGGACUUUAAGUCACAUCUGGGCUGGAUUUCAAGAUCUCUAUGAAUGUUCUGUUUUCAUGAUCUUAAUGUUUUUGCCAUAUUGCUCACACUAUUGCACUGAAUGACUUUUCACAUAGCUUUCCUAGCAGCUGACUUGUGCUGGAUAUCUUGUGACUCAGGAAGAAGUGGGACCAAAAUAGACAUGUUGAGAAUAUGAUGACGUUAGAGUUAAUCCUUUUUUUUCUUCUUCUUCUCAACACUAAGAACUAAUUUUUAAUUCCUCAUUUUGCACAGCUCGCAAGUAUGGAAGGAAUCACAUGUAGCUGUCCUUGCCCUUUGUAGGCCACUUGGACCUUGAUAUCCUUACCAAACAUUCACCCUCACUUUUGAUAUUUUGCUUCCAUGUAAAGCUGAAAACAUUUGACCAUAUGGUAAUGAACCAAGUGCUAUUUCAGAUCUCUGCAUGCGAUAAAUACCUACAUAUUGCCGAAAAGUCAAUUUUGUAUAACAAGAUCACCUUUUUUGUUGAUGUUUUAUAGAAGUAUGCAAGAGUGUGCCUGUUUUGGCUCAGGUAUCCAAAAACAGUUACAACAAAGUAAAGAAACUUUUGUGCUGCCUGACUUUCUCAGUGGCUUUUCAGUUACACAUAAAAGAAUGUUCUCUUGAAGUGAUUCACUUUAUUUUAUCUUGAUGAUCUUUUGCUGGAUGUAUUUGCCAGUAUGUAGUUAAGACUUGAUUCAGUAUGGCACCUUCCUCAAUAUUGCUUGGUCAUACAAAAUUCCAAUUGCUGUCUGAUUUUGUUUUGUUACCUAUACUUUUCCUGUUAAUAUAUUGCAAUCGUUUUAUAUGAGCAGUAUAUGUUUAAAUGUGGGUUUCAAAAAUGGUUGCAUGUUUGCAAUGUGUGCUUAUAACGUGCAUCUGUAUUUAUAUAAUAAAGAGAAAGUAAACAGAA